CUCAACUUUCGAUUUCCACAACGACACAAUACGACUCGCAACUCGACUUUCCAAUCUCAAGCAUGUCGAACCAUCGUGAUAUCAAAGUAGACGAUCUCCUUCAAGAGAACAAGAGGAGUCUCGCGCCUCUCGACAGUACAGUCAGAGGGAAGACUCCUAUGACAGUCGAGGCUUUAGACCUCAAUACAGAGAGGCAACUCGCUCCUCUAGGCAAUAUAGCAGGACAGACCCUUACUAUGGUGGAGGCUUUGGACCUCAAUACCAACAGCCAGCUAGCUUCUUACCGACAAGAGAUGAGCUCAACGAUAUGAGCCCACGAGAAGCUUUGGGCUACAUUCCUGAGACUCUGGCCCCGAAUGGACAAGCACCAUCUCGUGCAUUUACAAGACAAGCAGAUCCAGGCAAUGACCUCAAAGCCGACAUUGCAGCAGACGCUAGGCAGAGAGAGUCCCAAAUAGCCGCAAUGCUGCGUGAGGGUGUCAGGUCGGGUCAACAUAGUGACAAACUCGAUGAAGCCUUGAGUGUUUAUAAAACUGCUGCCAAGAGCUAUCAGGAAGCUUCCGUCAACCACCUGGCCCAUAAAGCUAUGUGGAAUACUCUUUCCAAAUCCUUCAAGGGCAUAGAGCCCUCUAUUCCCCUAGACAAAGUUCGCUCCUUGCCCGAAUAUACUCCAGCACGGAGUAUUUCGGGCUACAAGUCUGUACGCGACAUAAUCACAAACGAACUCGAUAGACUUGGCAAGAACGAGCUAGAGAUCGAGGCAGGUUUUGCAAAGAAAAUGGUCGCUGCAUACGAAUUAUGGGAUCUGGGUCCGUGGGACAUGGACUUCGCUCGAUACAUGAUAGAGGAAGAUAUGUGGAAAUAUCUAAUAGAGAAAACUGCGGGUCGGGUUGGCCCAUUCCCUGGACAGCUGUGGGAUGGUUUUGUGGCCUUGAGACUGCGUGGAGACGCCGUUUACCGAAGAGAAAGCCCCGCAAGACAGCACACUCCUCGGCGUAGACUACCAUCGUCGCCACCAAGAGGUAGAUCCAGCGAGGAGAAAAGGUUGGACCCCAGAGCAAAAGUUGAUAGGGCGCCCGGGAAGGAACGUUCAAUGACGAUUGAGCAAAGAGUAGAGACCAGAUCUUUCUAUGACAAUAGCAGAAGUGGCAAAGGUAGAAGCACUCAGGGGCUUACCAAGACGGAAUAUGGCCCUUCCCCUCAGCAUCGCCGUUCACGCUCUCCUCGCCGACAAUCACGUACUCGCGAAAGAUCAAGAAGACGUUAUAGUCGAGGACACUAUGAGAGUAAUUCUACAAAGAGAGCUCGAAGCAAUUUGAGCGCCGACAGAUCCAAUAAGCGGAGGGAGCGCAGCAGAUACGACCAAGAUAGAGCUCACGAUCGCGGUAGGAAUACGUCGCCCAACGACAGCGAUUGGAGUCACCGAGCUUCUGUUUCUCAACGGCCUUUGACCAGACGCUGACCGGAUAAGGAGAACUGACAGCAGAGGAGGGGACACUGCUUGGAUAGGUUAUAGAUCAUUGUUGGAUAGCACUACUGGAUGUCAUUCAAAGAUUGUAGCUUUGCAAGUGGGG